CAUCUCGGUUGAAGAUAAAUUUAAAAUGUCAUUAAUUGACUUAUUCAGUACGUUCAAUGUGACAGCGCACAAGGAGACGAUCGAAAGGAAAUAUACAGACCAGAUUGCCACUUUGACCAAGGAAUUAGAACCAUAUGAACGGAGUAGGAAUCAAAUGAUCAAAGCUGCCGAUUGGAGGGCACAGUCCAUUGGCUGGUUAGGUUUAGUGUUUAUGGGACUCCAAACUGGUGUUUUGGCUCGACUUACAUGGUUUGAGUACUCGUGGGAUAUCAUGGAGCCGGUCACCUAUUUUGUCACAUAUGUCACUGGAAUGUUCUUCUAUGCAUAUUACAUGGUCACGCGACAGGUAUUUGGAUGAUCUGAUGGCAGGAAUAUACCUACAGGGAUGCCCGCAAUAGACAUUUCCUCCAGGCACUCCAUAAGAUGUUCGCUAAAAAUGGGCUGAGUGUCGACGUUUACAACGAACUUACCUCUCAAUUGGCUGAAGCGAACAAAAAUCUCGAAGCCCUCCGAAACAAUUUUCUCCAGCUUCAAAUUCUUAAA